AUGCUAGAACAUUACCUUGCCUGGGAUUCUCGGAGUGAUACUCUUGGCAAUUGCAGUUCUCGGCCAGAAAAACAGUCCUACAACACUCAUUGUUCAAUUCCUCUUGUUUCCUGGCUUCUUGAACCCUGUCCAGCCAGCCUAAGGAAGCGCCUUAUCGACCUUCCACUUGACCAGCUUUCCAGGCUUCUCACACUUCUACCUUCGCUUAACCUCCGUUUAGUACGUGCGCCACCAUCUACCUUGCUAGACGAUGAGAUGGGCUACUUAUCAUCCAAAGCCGACAAAAGCAGCAACGAUUAUUGGACUUGUGUUAAGCGUGAUCCUCUAAAGACUGCAUCACAAAAUAGUAUGCUUGCUGACGAAGCCAAUAACAUUGCGCUAUCUAACACGGGCAUUCUUGUGGAUCAACUGAUUGAAUCGCUGGUUCAGCAUUGGUGCCUGCAGGUCCGGCUACCAUAUAUAAUUGGCUGGCUAAUCGCUCUUUUCACUCCUAUGACAGCCAGACCUCUCGGAAAAACGGUUUGUUUUUUAUUCUCGGAACUGAAAGUUGUGAAGGUUUUGAGAACCUUCAGGCAUCAAAAGUAUUGUAAAAAGUCCCCCAGAGUCUUUGAACACAAUGCUCAAGGAUGCUUACAAAUUCACUUAGUGUCUAGGAGCAUUAAAAAAAAUGUGCAUAGUUUGUUCAAAGAAAAUAUUUUAAACGAAGGUAUAAGACCAGGAUAG